AUGACACCACUGGUGGAUUUAGUGGUGAUAAUGAGGAUAUUAAUAUGGCUUGCAUUGCUGACCUCUGGGGUGAGAGGUCAAGUGAUAAACCGAGCCCCGCAUUUCAUCCAUGGAGGAGACAUGUCGCGUCUCGCGGUCUCCGAGGGCACUUUGCCAGGUGUUGCGGUCUACACACUCCAAGGAGAAGACCCAGAAGGCUCAAAACUCCAUUACUCGAUCAGCGGAGAAUAUUUCACGGUCAACAGAGAUAAUGGCGUGGUCACGCUGCGUAAAUUUCUAGACCGCGAAGCGCAGGAUAUCAUUGAGGUUAUAAUUAGUAUCACAGAUGAAGGAGUAGCAGGUUCGGAGCCAAAUACAGUUUCUCUACGCCGCGAAAUUGCGGUUUUGGAUGAAAAUGACAACCCCCCGGUCUACCACGGACGACCUUACGCAACGCGGAUCCCUGAGAGUGCCAGUGUCGGGAGUUUGCUGCUCCCAGAAGGCACUGUCACGCUGAGCGACCGCGACGGGGGCGUAAACGCAGAUGUUGAUGUUAGAUGCGUGACAGCUUCUACCGACGACGACACUUGUUCAGUCUUCAGCGUCACGACCGAGAAAAUAACCGAUGGAAAGUAUGACGUGAGGAUAAGUGUCCUGCAGCCGCUGAAUUACGAGCGGAGGAGCUCCUACCUGAUAACCCUCCUGGCCACAGACGGAGCCAGCGACCCGGCAAAAAGAUUGCAUGCCAAAGCGACAGUAGCUGUUGAUGUUAUUGACGUCCAAGACCAGCCGCCAAUUUUCCUGAAUGCUCCCUACAGCGCCGCGAUUCCGGAAAAUACUUCCCCCGGGUACACGGUGAUGACCAUCAGGGCCCGGGACGGAGAUACUGGCCAGUCACGCAGUGUUCUGCUCACUCUAGAGGGUGAUGAUCUCAAUCACUUUGAUCUUAAGACUUCUAGGGAGGGAGAUAUCACUGUGGGGACCCUCGUUACCACGGAAAUCCCUCUGGAUAGGGAAGAGUCCAGGAUUUUGCAUGAUGGAGGCAUCUAUACUUUUCGUGUCAGGGCCACGGAGUUGAUCAAUAAUGAAAUUCCGGCGGAUUCUACGGUUUCUGUGGUGACUAUUGUUGUCACGGAUGUUGAUGAUCUCUCCCCGAAAUUUAGCGAUGAUUUUUAUAGUAUUAAAGUUCUGGAGGAUAUUGGGUUGGACACGCCUUUGCCAGGUCUGAACAUGGUAGUAAGCGACGACGACGUAGGAGACAACGCCAAAUUCCGUCUAUCUCUCCGCGACGCUCCAGGCUACCCAGGAAUCAGCAGAGCCUUCUUAGUGACCCCAGAGUUUGCUCAAGGUCGCGUCCCAGUAGUAAUCAAAGUGCGAGACCCCCAAGUCCUGGACUACGACGUAGAAAUCCUGACAAAAAGAGAACUAGAGUUCGACGUGACAGCUUCUGUAGGCGACCGGGUCGCAGCAUUCUCCAGAGUCCACAUCAGUAUCCUGGACGCGAACGACCACGCUCCAGAGUUCACCGAAGCAGUUUACAAGCUUUCAGUCCGCGAGGAUUCAAAACCAGGGGUCAAAUUCGGUGAUAUAGUCGCCAUAGAUUUAGACAGCGGAGCUUACGGCGAACUAACCUACACCCUUCGAGGUUUCGGAGCGGACAAAUUCAGAACAGACUCCAAGCAAGGAGGAAUCUGGGUGGCCAAGCCUCUGGACUACGAGACCCAGAAGUCCUAUUCGCUGACAAUGGAAGCUCGGGACGGCGGCGGAAGAGUUUCAACAGUCAACAUUCUGAUCGAGCUGGACGACGUGAAUGACAAUCCUCCAAUUUUCGAGCAGAAAGAGUACUCCAGAACAGUCCGCGAAGGCGCAACCAGUUUCGAGCCCCAGAUGUUUGUUCGCGCAACAGACAUUGACGGCCCCGUUCACGGAAACGGCAAGGUGACUUAUUCCAUAGCUCGGCACAACGGAAUGACCGAAGAUGUCUUCAAAAUCAACGCAGAAACCGGCGAAGUCUUGAUGAACUCUCCAGCUAAAUCUGGAGACACUGAGCGAGGACUCUACGAGCUGGACAUCCGAGCGACUGACCACGGCUACCCUCCUUUGUACUCCGAAGCAAAACUCCUGGUUCGAGUCGGAGUUCCUGGCAAUCAACGCCCAGUCUUCAGAGGAAACUUCAAGGGAGGUCCUCCGGGUCCCAACAGCUACCGCGCAAGACUUCUGGAGAACGCAAGCCCCGGGACUGAAGUUAUCCGGGUGGUAGCGAAUGAUCCCGAUGGAAGAGACAGCUUGCUUCAAUACUACAUCGCUUCGGGUGCUAAGGACAAUUUUGUCAUCGAUUCUAGCUCAGGAAUCAUCACAGUUUCGCCUGACGCGCGCUUGGAUCUAGACACUGGAGGAGACAAGUACGAAGUUAUAAUCUACGCAGUGGAUUCCGGGACUCCUGUAAGAGAAACAGCGACUACGACUGUUACAGUGACCAUCCUGGAUGUCAAUAACAAGCCACCGAAGUUUGAAAACUCGACUUACUUGGUCUACGUGUCGGAACGCGCUGCGAUAGGCGAUUCUGUGCUGAAGGUGACUGCCGCUGAUCCUGACACUGAUUCCAAGUUGAAGUACUCGAUAGUAGAACCCAUCAAAGCGGUGGACAAGACUGGGGUCGCCUUGAAAAGCACCUCUCCUUACGAUUACAAAAGUGCGUUCAGGAUAAACUCAACCAGCGGGUUGAUUUCCGUGAACAAAGUCCUGGAUUAUCAGGUUGCGGCGGUGAUUAUGCUGACAGUCCAAGUGGAAGAUGUUAAUGCGAUAGUAGACAAGAGCCAGCAGGUAGAUAGAACUGAGGUUACUAUUUACAUCCAAGCUUUCAGCGAUGACAAUCCAAUCUUCCUUAAUCCCGGCUGGUCUGCUAAUAAUCCGGUGAUCAGGGUGACUGUCCCAGAAGAGCAGCCUUUGGGAACGACUCUGUUGAUGCUGUCAGCGAAGGAACUCAGCGGGCACGCGGUCCAAAGGUUUGAGCUGGUCAGAGACGACCAGGACCAGGACUUCGUUAAUGUUGGAGUUCAGAGUGGGAACGUUGUUCUGAGCAAGCGGCUGGAUUACGAAUCCUUGAGCCAGAAGUUCAUUCAGUUCAAAGUUCGGGCCCUUGCGCUGGAUUAUGACAUCACUAGGCGGAUGUCCGAGGCGACUGUGAUCGUCGAGGUCCAGGAUGUUAAUGACAAUAGCCCGACUUUCACGCAGAAGGACUACAAGAUUGCGGUUUUGGAAGACUCUAAGCCAGGAAAGAUCAUUUUGAACAUAAAGGCGGUCGAUAUGGACAGUUCGAGCACUGAACAGGAAAUCAGAAGAGGGUUUGGCGAGGUAAGGUACGCUCUGACCGGAGAAAACGCUAAUCUCUUUGAAAUAGACCCCAUGAGCGGGAACAUCCAGAUCGCUGAAAACACCAAUCUUGAUCGCGAAAGACAGUCUGUGCUGAGGUUCUUCGUUAUUGCUUCGGACAUGCCUCAAGGAGGCGCGGAACAGAAGACUGCUCGGGUCCUGGUGACGGUAGACGUGCUGGAUGUCAAUGACAACGCUCCCAGUUUCCUACAGCCUUCUUACACGGCAGUGAUUCCUGAAAACGCGCCGAUGAACGUCAGUAUUGUGAACAUCACAGCGACUGAUCCUGACGAAGGCAAGGGUGGUGAAAUUCACUUUGAAAUAAUCGACGAAGGGGAAGCUAGUGGGUUGCUGAAGAUCAACCACAAAACCGGGGAGAUUUCCUCCAAGAAGAAGCUAACUGGAAAAGGCAGAACCGAACCUUAUAUUAUGCGCGUUAGAGCUCAAGAUUCAGGGCAGCCGGUUUUGCACUCUGAUGUAUCUCUGACACUCUAUAUUGGCGAUGUAGUCAGCAACGACGGAGUUCCUCUGUUCAUCCGUCCUACUUUAGAUGAAGUAGCCUACGUUUCAGAGAACUCAACCAUCGGAAGUCCAGUUUUCCAGGUUGUAGCUUCUGAUCCUGAUGAUCCAAACCUGCCCAAUGGAAAAAUAACUUUCAAGUUUCUGGAAGACGGAAACUUCGGCAACGAUGCCAGCGCGUUUAGGAUUAACGGAGACACUGGACUGAUCACCACCAGAAAAUUGUUAGAUAGAGAAGCUAAGGACAGCUAUACCCUUAUUCUGAUCGCCCAGGACCUGGGAGACCCGCCCCAGCAAGCUUCCAGGGUCUUGCAGGUCAUAAUCAAUGACAUUGACGACCACAAGCCUCAUUUCAAAAGAUCACUGGACAGCCCGCCAGUAGAAUUGAGCAUCCAGGAAGAAGUUCCAGAAGGAACGGUCAUUGGAGUGAUCGAAGCUAUUGAUGAAGACAUCGGAGAAAACGGGAUUAUCGACUACGUGAUUAUUUACGGGAACGAAGGCAGUCUCUUCGCUAUCGAGCGGCUGCCGAAUAACUCUGCUGUUAUUAAAACAGUCGGUCGCUUGGACAGAGAAACUUCUGCCAAGCACCUGAUCACUGUAAAGUGCUUCAAGUACCCAGUUCAGAAGUCCGAUGUGGUCCCUAAGCCGUACAAUCGGCAAGAUCCUUCAGAGAGGCAGGUGCUCAUCAGGGUGAUGGACGUCGAUGACAACAAGCCUAGGUUCAGGAAGGACAACAUCACCAUAGGUGUCAGGCUAAAUGUGCCAAUAGACACCAGUCUGAUCACUUUGGAAGCCUAUGAUGAAGACUCAGACGCGCUUCCUAUUAACUAUACCAUGGGUGAAGUGUCUUUUACGUCUCUGGCAGAGCCUUCUAUGGUCAAGAGGAAGAUCCCUUCCUACUUGGCGCUCAAUCCUGCUACUGGGGAACUCAGAACAACUGGAUCAAUGGCUGGUUUUUCGGACGGAUUCAUGGAAGUUCCGAUCACUGCUAACAAUUCUAGAGUUCCUGGGCGAGAAACUAAUGUCACGUUGAGAAUCUUCCUGCUAAGAGACCGGGAUAUGCUGAAGUUCGUGUUCUCCAAGCCGCCUGUUGAGGUCAGAAAGACUUUGGAGGAGUUUGAAAAGGCGGUCCAGCAAGCGCUGGCUCUUCCUAUCACUGUCAAUGUUUAUGACACCCAAUUCUACUCCAAAGACGAUAAUAGCCUUGACUUUUCCUCGACGAGCUCCUGCUUCCAGAUGGUGGGCAGAGAAGCCUAUGAUCUUGGAGAAAUGAAGGCGCUGCUCAGAGAUCCGAAGAAUGAGGAGCUGAAGAAGGUUUACGAGAAGUUCCAUGUUGAACGGGUUCAGCAUUGUGCGGCAACUGUUGCCAGGGCUGAUGCUUCUAGGACUCAGAUGUGGGUCCUGGCCAUUGCGGCCUUGGUUGGGGUCGCUGCUGUUGUUUCCAGCUGCACGCUUUGCUGCAUGCAUUCUAAGUAUAAAAGGCGAGUCAAGCGGGCCAGAAUCAGGGAACAAACUCGCCCGCCAUUGAGCUACGUCUCUUCUGGGCCUGGAAUGGUCAAUGCUCAAUCUCACACGACCUUGGGAACCCUGCCGGGUACUAUGGUGACGAUAGGGCCCCAUGAAGGCCCUUAUGAGUGGGGUGCUGAUACGACUCUAUAUCAUCCUAGCACUUUGUCUAGGUCUUAG